AAAGGUAAGAUGUCUACUCCAUUCGUGUUACUGUUCGCUAAAAAUCCGAGUUCAUCUACUGUAUGGAAUAAAGAUAUUAACAUGUAGUCAACGAGGAACGCAUGUCCAACACUCUAUCUUACGAUUUACAACAAUAUUAUGUUAGAUUAUCGCUUCUGUUAUGUUCUUUAUUGGCAUUCACUGGAGCGAUAAUGCAGGCCACCGGCUAGCCUUCAUGCUGCUUUUAGCUUAGUUGCUAUCAGACAUAAAACUCACAUUGCAUGAGGAUUGCAGUGUAAAAGACGCGGUCAUUUUGUGUCAGUGCAUAGCGUAAGCUCCUCACUUAACGGGAUUUAAUGAGUUUUAUGUCACUAGAUCUUUGGGUACUAAACAGUGACAAUUGAGUCCUUGUUUAUACCGACACGCCAAACCUCGAAAUCCUCACUUUUAUUCACAUAACCUAGUGGAUCACCCUAUAACGGUUUGGAAUCAAACUUUCAAAAUGAUUUCAAGUGAGGUUAAUGUGACAUUGCCCGUCAGAGAUGUAUAACUCAUUUAGUUUGUUUACUUUCUGCUAAUUACUUUUUAAACCUAGUUUUGCUUCUAAGAUUUCCAAAGUUUGCCAGCCUUAGUUCAUACAAUGACAUUGUGAGCUGUAUAAUGUAUAAACUAUUAUUGAAUGAUAUUUGCAUUCCUAGUUGUGUGCUGUUUGCUUAUUUGUAGUUAGAUAAAAUGUCACACUAUGACAACAUUCUACAUGUUUUGUUUUUUUCCUGUAGAUGGCAGAGGGAGACAAAAAGUCUGCCAAGAAGAGGCACGGGAGCCGAAACCCGGUUCUGGCCCGGGGUAUUGGUCGGUACUCCCGUUCUGCCAUGUAUGCCCGCAGGGCCAUGUACAAGAGGAAAACCAAGACCACCGAGACCAAGAUUGAGAAGAAGCUCAAGGAGAAGCCCAAGGCCACUGUUGUCAAACCCGUUGGAGGAGACAAGAAUGGAGGCAAUCGCGUUGUCAAGCUCCGUAAGAUGCCCCGUUACUACCCAACAGAGGAUGUUCCUCGUAAGCUGAGGAGCCAUGGAAAGAAACCCUUCAGUGAACACAAGAGGAAACUGCGGGCUUCCAUCACUCCAGGAACUGUGCUGAUCCUGCUCACUGGUCGCCACCGUGGAAAGCGUGUGGUGUUUCUGAAGCAGCUGUCAAGUGGUCUCCUGCUGGUCACUGGCCCUCUUGCCCUGAACAGAGUCCCGUUGCGCAGGGCACACCAGAAGUUUGUCAUCGCUACUAAUACCAAAGUUGACAUCACUGGUAUGAAGAUCCCCAAAACCCUAAAUGACACAUACUUCAAGAAGAAGAAGCUGAGAAGGCCCCGUCACCAGGAAGGAGAGAUCUUUGAUACAGAAAAAGAGAAGUACCAGCUGACAGAGCAGAGAAAAGAAGACCAGAAGGCUGUCGACUCUCAGCUCCUGCCCCUUAUUAAGAAAGUUCCACAGCUUAAAGGGUACCUGCGCUCCUCUUUCUGCCUGUCUAAUGGUGUUUACCCACACAAGCUGGUUUUCUAAUGUGUUAAUAAAGAGCACUCUGGUUCCCAUCA